AAACUGAGCGAGAGUCUACCGCAGUCGACUCCAAUUCCCAUCCGGCAGGUAUGGCCACGACCAAUCUUUUGUCCGCCACAGUAACUCCAUCCCUCAUCCACUUGCACAAACCACCGUUAUACUCCACCAUCUUCUCAUCAUCUUCUUCCAAUCCCAGAAUCCCGUCACAGCUGUCAAUUUUCCACCUUACUAGCCCCUCAAAAAGAUCAAAUUUUUCCAGAAGAAACCUCGCAAUAGUUCAAUCUAAAGGCAGCAACUCAGCUGAUGCCCCUGACCGUUUAAUCUCCGCCAUCUGUUACUUCUUCCCCUUCUUUGAUGGCAUCCAGUAUGGAAAGUAUGUCAUCACACAAUUUGCACCGGUUCAAGCUCUCGUUCAGCCUUUGGUCCCAGCUAUAAAGGCUAUUGUUCUUGAUGUGCUCUUGAUUUUCCCUGAUCUUCUGGAGAGGACCUUCAAUCCAAGAGAUGGGGUGGGGUUGGAUUUACUGAUGAGCUUUGACAGCACUGUGUUUUUGUACCUUUUAGUUUGCUUGAUUUAUGGUUCCUCUUCUUGCUUGCUUGGUCAGCUCCCAAGAUUGCCCCUUGUUGCUGAGGCUGCUGAUAGGCAAGUUUUGUGAACUCGUAGCUCAUUUGCUUACCUAUAAAUGAUGCUCUAAUUAUUUUCUCUGCCAUUACGUUAGGACAUCUUAUCGAUGCUUUAGUUAUUAGUGUAAAAGAAGAAUCUUUACUCUGUUUUGUUCUUCAUUUCGACGAUUCAUUUGAUAAUUAGAAUGUCGCCCCUUUUUGUUUCCUGAUACUGGCAGUUAAUAACAGUUGCCCUGAUUCAUAGCUCUUGAUGUUGUUGUUGCUGCUUAAUUGGUUCUGUAACAGGGGUUGAGUUCUGUCUC